UGCACAGGGACGACAACAAAAAACAAAUUCGCUAGAGCGAUGUUUAAAUUCAAAUAUUAUGUUUAUCGACCUACAUUUAAUUUAGUAUUUGGUUCAGGCACGCGAAACAAAUACCGCGAACGAGCAGUGUAGCGCCGACGGUCCCGUUAAAGCCGUUAAUACCCUGGCGACAUUAACGUUAGCUAGUGCUAGCUCUCUGAAAGGACGCUUUUUUACGCUUUUUGAUGUUUGAGGAAUAUUAACGUUGGUUGUGUUUUGUCCUCGCGCGCUGGAUAUCAUUUAGCAAACGUUUGUCCACACUGCCUGUCCUGUCCUGUCCUGUCCUGUCUCUGACCGUCCCGCCGUCUGCUCAGCCCCUGAAGAUAACGAUGGACGCUUUAACAUGCUAGGACCAUGUUUAAAAAUGUUUUUGGCUCAGGGUUUCUGGUGAGAACAGCUCAUGUGAUUCUAACAUGGGUCAUAACCUUAAUACUCUUCCUACAUGAUACAGAGCUGAGGAAGCAGGAGGAGACAGGCCAGCUGGUCCAGCCUGUCCUCUUUGUCCUGCUGGUGUUGGUGUCAGUGUUGCUCUAUUUCGCUGUCUCUCUGAUGGACCCAGGCUUCAUCUUGUCUGAUGACAGUGAUUUACAGUUCACGCUGGGAGUGACUGAGGAGCAGCAGGACAUGAUCCCACCCACCACCAAAUCCCUGCGCCAGCGCCGCUGUGGCCACUGUCUGCUGCAGCAGCAGCCAAUGAGAUCGAAGCACUGCCAGACCUGUCAGCACUGUGUGCGGCGUUACGACCAUCACUGCCCCUGGAUUGAGAACUGUGUCGGUGAGAGGAACCACCGCUGGUUUGUGCUGUACCUCGCUGUCCAGCUGCUGGUGCUGCUGUGGGGGCUGCACAUCGCCUGGUCGGGUUUCAGCUACGCGCCCACCUGGCAGCUGUGGCUGCGCACUAACGGCAUGCUGCUGGCCGUGGCUGUGCUGGUGGCUCUGCUGUCGCUGAUCGUGCUGCUGCUGCUCGGCUCUCACCUCUACCUGGUUUCUCUCAACACCACCACCUGGGAGUUCAUGUCUCGCCACCGCAUCUCCUACCUGAAACACUGCGGCGCCGAUGAGAACCCCUUCGACCGCGGAACCUUCCACAACCUUUGGGGUUUUUUCUGCAUGUGGGACACGGUGGUGUGGGAGCAGGUCUACUUCAGGGAGGGCAGCGACCAAGUCUAGGACAUAAAGACACCGAAAGGGGCUUCACUCAUGAACAGGCUCUCUGGAUUUGGGAUCAGAAACUUGAGCAUGAAGUUGGGAGUUAAACUUCAUUCCUUGUGUGCAGUUUACCUUUAUAUAUACAAAUAUACACUUGUGUUGUUGUCCCAUCACUCGGCAACAUUUACCCUCUUUAACAUCUGCAGUGUUGUUAUUGUUGCCCAUAUUUCCUGUUUUUUUCCUCCUCUCCCUAAGUGACUGUCAGCAGACGAGGAAGAUGUUCGGUAUAUCCACAGAAUGAUGAACCUGGUAAUCAUGUCUGUGUGGACAACAGCUAACCAGCACUACAGUCCUUACUCUAAUAACCAUUUACAACCAUUCAAGUAUACAGUACCAUUCCCCUAAAAAACACGCUUUACGGUCCAAUUUUAAAGGAAUAGUUCACCCAGAAACAAUAGAAAGUCAAGGGAGGUCAUCACUAUACACCUUUUAUAUAAAAACAUUUUCUAUUGAUUGGCAUUAGGGAGAGCAGAGCGCCUGAAAAAUGAAAGCAUAUCAGUGCAAAGAGACAGAGGCAAAAAGAAAGACGGGUUAUGAAAUGUCCGAAAAACCUUUGUGGCUGGACUACAGGGGUAAAGCUGCACAGCCUCCACCGGCCACAUGUGGACCUACAUUCCUGACCAGAGCA